CAAACACCAUACAUCCUCACUGCAAAGCCCCUCUUCUCGCUUAUAAGCUGCUUUUUUUUUAAUCCCAUUUUACUCAUAGAGAAGAGGGGCGUUUAGUCUUUGCUGAGCAAAACCAUGGCCAAGUUCUUUGCUUUAGUUUUUCUUGCACUUCUAGCCAUUUCCAUGCUGCAGAUCACGGUGAUGGCAGGUGUGCACCCUAAUAAGAGUGGGUCUGGUUCUGGCAACCUCAAAAGCUUCCAAUGCCCUUCACAAUGCUCAAGGAGGUGCAGCCAGACACAGUACCACAAACCAUGCAUGUUCUUCUGCCAGAAGUGCUGCAGAAAGUGUCUCUGUGUGCCACCAGGUUAUUAUGGUAAUAAAAGUGUUUGCCCUUGCUACAACAACUGGAAGACCAAGGAAGGAGGACCAAAAUGCCCUUGAAAAACAACCUGUUGACGAAAGUGCCCUUGAGAAGGCCUCUAUUACUUUUUAUCAGUAAUCUUAUAUAUCAAGUUCUAGUAGUAACGAUGAAAUCUUUCUAUCAUUGUCAUUGCUAUUGGGUUUUUCUUGUUUAAAGGUCUAAUUUUAUGUUAUAUGACCACUGUAACCUAUCUAUGCCACUCCAUUUGGGAAUUAUCUCAAGGAUGACAACAAAUGGACACUAUUAUUAAUUUGAGAAUGAAAUUAUAUCCUUUAAUUAUAAAUUAUUUCAGAAUUAUGAGAUU